AACGAAACUAUUCGGUUUCUUUAUGAGAAACGGGAGAUUUCCCUUCAAAGCGGGCACGUUUCCUCUGCGCCCGUUGGGGGAAAUCCACUCAGACGGGAUAUUCCCUACGGAGAACAGCUGACCUGUCUUCAGGCUAAUCAGGUUUCAGGAGGAGAAGACAGGUCCAGUAUAAAUUCUCCCCUGGAAUUCGAACAUCCCAGCAGGCAGCAAAAGGCAAAACAUCGCAAAGGUUCUCUUCCACCGUCAUCGUCAUGAACAAAGUCUUCGCUGUUUUCCUUUGUGCAGCCAUCUUCCUUGGGACAGGCGUUCAAGGAAUCCCAACCUCUGGGAAGGGGCGGUGCAUAUGCCAAUCCACGGGUUCGAAUGUUAUCCCCAGGAAACCUUGGGGGAAAGUGGAAAUGUACGCUGCGAGCGCUUCCUGUGACCGCGUGGAGAUCAUCCUUACGCUGAAGACGGGAGAGCAGCGGUGCCUCAAUCCAGCUUCCAGGGCCGUACAAACCAUGUUGCAGAGGAUUAACCAAAACAGGGCUUCCGGAAACGCCGGCAGGAGAGGAAAAGGAGUAGCCGGUAGGAGAUCCCCACAGUAGAGCCAAGGAUGAAGGUGUGGUUGCAGUUGUCUGCUGGAUUUCUUGAGUGGCAAAGGUCAAGAGGAUGCACAAGGAUCCAGUGAACGUCUCUUGCUAGCGUCCUGGUCCUUUUAAAGUCACAGUUGCAAUGCCUGCAGCUAGGCUUGCAUUGAGCUAGCAAAGUCGCUGCGCUGAGCUGGUAACGUCCGCUUGUUCUUGACAGCUGUACUGGCACAAUAACUGUGAGACCCAGAGGUGUAUGCACAAAAGUACUUUGUGCAAACUUAUUGGGUGGGCUUGCACAUCAGUCUGCCAUGGCAUCUGAAACCUGGAGAUGACAAUCCUGUCUUCCCAAGUGUAUUAACUGGCAUUAGCGAUAUAUCUGAGGUGGAAGCCCUUUCGAACAAUCUAAUAAAACGCUCUGCUCAAUUUGUUCAGAGGGGAGUUUAAGGCAGUAUCUGUUGCCCCCUACAGGCCAUAAAAAUGCAUACCCAUUUUAAAAAUGAGUUUAAGUAUCAGUGUUUUAGGAUAUGUAAUGUUGCCUCUCGCGGACAUUCAAUUCUUAAUUGUAAAUACUGUCACAAGUGUUCUGUAACCCAGAUCUGUAGUUUCCCCCUAGAAAUAAUUAGAACGUUUGUAAUAUAGAGCUCGUGAUGUAUUGAAAAGACAGGCAGCUAACCCUGUUUUAUUAUAAAAUGUACAAAGUAUAUAAUAAUAAUAAAAAAAACCACAGUCUAAUGCUCUGUUUGUAAAAAUAUGAGCGUUUGAGUGUUUUUUUAAAUAGUCGUUUUCAUUAUUAAAUGCUUUCCGCUUUAGCAAUC